UCAAUCCGCCUCCGACGAAGUUCGUGGCAUCGUGGUCAACUCCGGCUUCAAGUCCAUCCUUGACCUCCCGUACGGAGAGGUGCAGAAGCAAAGGGCCACGCGUCAAGCGUCAAACAAGCCUGCUUUCGUUCUGCCUCAGCAUUUGAAUAACGAGGGGCCGCACGGCUAGUCAGAUCGUUUUACUGACGUUGCGCGCAAGAUGAUGUAUGUCUCUGGUGAGACCGCCGAACCGUCGAUUGAGACUACUAGCAUGAUUGAGGACAUUGUGCGCCAGCAAGUUAUUGAGCUGCUUCGAAACUGCACUGAGCUCGCAGCUCGCCGCGGCGCGCGAGCCAUCACGAUUAAUGACCUGAUCUUCCAGAUUCGCCAUGAUCAAGCCAAAGUCUCUCGUCUGCGCACAUUCUUGUCAUGGAAAGAUGUCAGAAAGAACGUGAAGGACUCCGACGACAAGGGAGGUGAAGCAGAUCUAGGUGCUGGCGAAGAUCCCAGCGGUGGAGUGGUCCCUGGUGGCCCUGUCGACGAUGCGACCAAGAAGAACAAAAAGGCCAAGGUUGGCCUGCCCUGGGAACCUUCCUCAUUCUACAGUCAAGAAGUCCCUGAACGUGAUGACGAGGAGGAUGAAGAAGAGGAAGAGAUGAACUUCAUCACCCUUCAACGUCUCCGCAAGGCCGACGAGCGCACUAAGGCCAUGACGAAGGAGGAGUACGUGACAUGGUCCGAAUACCGUCAAGCCUCGUUCACGUACCGCAAGGGCAAAAGAUUCAGAGAAUGGGCCGGGUUUGGUAUUGUCACGGACAGCAAACCCUCCGACGAUAUUGUCGAUAUCUUGGGUUUCUUGACCUUCGAGAUGGUCCAGACCCUUACCGAGCACGCGCUGAAGGUCAAGGAGCAAGAGGAUCUAUUCAAGGCGCAGAGCGGCGGUGAGAACGCAGGAUCAAAGAAGCGCAAGGUGGCCACUGGUCUCUUCGACCCGCCUAGCGAGGGGAGAAGUCCCAUCGAGCCUCGUCACGUUCAAGAAGCCUUCAGACGCCUUCAGCAGCGACCCAAAAAGACUCGAGCCAUGCUCAACGGUACGAGGCUUCCGCAGCACACCGCACUCAACAUUGUUAGUUUCCUCCCCAAGAAGCAAAGGGUACACGCUAAUCUCAUUCUAGUUCUGAGCCCCAUUCAUCGAGCGUACGAGCUGCUGGUUUUGUGGCUGUUUCAGUCCAACUACAACUUCACCUUUGGAACAAGGUAACGAUACCCACGGAUGGACAGGUGGACUUGGCGUUUUUGUUUUGUGAAUUUUGUUCUUUUUUAUGGGCGUUACAAGGCAAGGUUUACAUCAAAUGGAUAAGGUAGUCACCUUAGGGGCUCGACGAGGAGACCCAGCUAACGAGUACAACACUUCUCUUGCUGGUGACUGUGACCUGUAGACUUGACAAGGAACUGUACCCACGCUUUUCGUAAGGCAUACAUGACGAGCAAAUGAAUCUACUUUAAGCAGAUGGGCAAGUAGCGAGGACUGAGUAGUACGUCAGGUGCAAGUGACAUAUC